UUGUGGUUUAGCGUCGUACUCACAAAAUCAAUCUAAAUACAGCAAGUAAAUCUUGAAGAUAAAUAAAUAUCUUCGUGAAAAUGAACUAUCAAAAUAGUCCCGGUUUUAUGUACUAUACUUUAGAUGAAAAAGAAGAAUCGUCCGAUUAUUUAUCAUUGAAUGAUAGUAGCAGUUUGAAUGACAGUUACACUACAAAGCCACACUUUAGCCCUUCGACCACAAAUACCUCACAAGAUUAUAACAGAAAAAGUCCGAGAUUUUACAAUAAUAAUAAUCGGAGGGGAAGACGGCAUCAAAAUUUCAAUAAUUAUUCUAGAACACCAAACAGUAAUUUUAGGAGAAAUUAUGCGGGAAGUUCCUUUUUGAACAAAUCACAGGAGAACGGUUAUUCUAAAUAUAUACAUCCAUCAUUUACGGAAAACCCUUGGAGAUAUCUCGAACAAUCCAGUGAACUUAAAUCUGAGAAACAAGAAGCUGAGGAUAAUAUUAUAAAAGAUAAUUCAUAGUAAUUACUAAUUUUACAAGAAAUUUUUUAUUAUCUAAUAAACCUAAUCAGAAAGAUGAAGUGAGAAUACAUCAUAGAAUGAAAAUAAAAAAUUUCUUAAACAUAUCAACAUUGAAAAAGUACAAUUUGAGUAUAAAUGGGAUUGUAUGAAUGUGGACUUUGAUUGGAUUUUGUGUUUUUGUCCAAAUUAAUAAUAAAAAGUACUUGUAGGUUGCAAUAUUAGAUAUAUUUUUAUAAAUAAAAAAAAUAAUGUCUAAUUAGUGUAUAAAUGACAUAAAUGUAUGUAUUUGUUUAUUAUUAUUUUCAUUAGAAUUACUUUUAUUGUAAUAACAAUAAAUUUCUUUGUCAACUAACAAUGGUUACAACAUGCCCAUCAAUAGGUUACAAAUAUUAAAACAGUGUGAUAAUAUAUUAUGAUAUAAAAUUAAUGUUUAUGUAGUUGUUCCAACUUAAAUUAAAGCAUGCCAACUAAAUAACUAAUACUAUCUACUGGGGUUUAGGUAUAUUAACUUCCAUAUUUGUAUAACUUCAAGCUGACAUGUUUUAAGACCAGUUUUAUGAUUAUUUAUAAUGGAUCAAUACAUAAAUUAAAUUAUUGGAUUAGAUAUGUC